CCUCCAGCAGACUGUUGUGUUGACUUUCACUGUUAGUCUAAACUAUCACACCAGGAUCCCUGAACCUGGCUUACAAGAAUGGAUAUCUAAAGAACCACAUUUCUGACUUUUUAAUAAGUUUGAAGAACCACUUAUUGUAGGAGCUUAUUUGAGUUUGUACACUUUUCUCUGCUUCGCCCCCAUCUCUGUCUCCCUCACUUCUUUCCUGCAAACCCCACUCCCUCUGGUUCUCUCUCCCUCUCCCUUCUUCUCUUUCUUCUUUGCUCUGCCGUUCCUGGACUGAUUUAUUUUUCACCGUGCAGCAGAGCUGGUGGGAAAGCACCCGGCUAUAUUUGUCAGCUGCUGAGGUUGGACCUGCUUCAUGGUGAUGACUCCGGAUUCUCUGUUUGGGUUUACCUGCUCACACCUGCGCCUCCUGCCUCCUCAGCAUCUACCUUAAUUUGUCUAAGGAGCCAGUGAAAUCCUCCUGUAGUAUUGUUUCUUCAUUGUCAGGAUAAAUGGACUUCACCUGUAAAGAACCAAAGCAUUGAUUUGAAUCAGAAGCUCCUACCAAACUCUGCAGCUCUGUCUCUCUACCUACAGAAACUUUAAGUUUUCAGAGCGACUUUUCUGUGGGUGACAAGACCGCCUUGGUCAAGAGUGUUUCAGCCACAGAUGCCAAAUAUCUGGCAGCUCUUCCAAAGGUUUCAGAGUUAAAGAAAUACUUUGAGGCGCCUGUCACACAAGAUCUGGGAAUGAACAGGAAGGAGAGGAUAGCCCGGCGGCUGGAGGGGAUUGAAAGCGAUGCUCCGCCUGCACUGGUGCCUGGUGGUUUGGUAGCCAACAGGAUGCUAGAGGAGGAUCCUCCACGAUACACCCGCGCCUCAGAUAACUGUGAGCCAUGUGUGAUGGUGAGGCGCUACAGUCGAGAGGAGCUGGAUUCCCCCAAGAAGCAGUCAGCACAUCAAGACAGAUCCCCACAGAGGAAAAGUGGUAUUGGCAAUGCACGUGCAGAGCCAGUGUUGGUCUAUGUUGACCCAGUCUCAUUAUCCACCACUUCUACAACCACAUCUGGCCCCGCAGACUCCACAAGCCUGAGCUCUAAGGCCGAACGCAUCGCACGCUACAAAGCUGAGCGCCGCCGGCAGCUGUCAGAGCGUUACGGCAUCCAACUGGAUCAGGAGUUGGACAUAGAUUACAAACCACGCUACCGUACACGGCGUGAUCCAGACCCUGCUGACCAACAAACAGCUGUCAGACAAGACAAAGAAAAACAGGAAGCAGAGGGACAAGGACAGGAGCAAAGGGUGCCGUAUCGAUCUGGAGUUGGCAGGGUUUACAUGAGGACUCACCCAGAACCUGUUCCCGUUUCCACCUCAAGUCCCGCUCACUCAGCCCAGGCCGCUCCCCCAACACAAGAAAGACCAAGGGGGUUCUCGGAGAAGGAGAGGGUCAUGAACAUGGAGAACUACCGACGCGGUGGGGCUCAAGAACGCCCAGCCAGAAGUAGAACCCAGGAGUAUCACCCUCUGCCAGCCCAACAACAACAGCAGCAGCAGCAGCGAGUCCCCCACCAUCAGGACUCAGCCCACCAGGAGACAAGCCCCGCCUCCACCAGGGAUUACAGUAUUGCAGCAGUGCCCAGCUCCCCGCGAACCGCCCGUAGAGCCUCCCUCCCCUCUACUCGCUAUGGUAUCUCACCCGGGGAUUUAUUCAUAGAGCAGCAGGCACAGAGCAUCCUCAACAGGCAGGGAAUCCGUGUAAGGGAACGAUUGUCAAGGGAUGAAACUGCCCAGAGGCCUCCUGACUGGAGUCCAGACCGGCACCAAGCUAACAGACGCCGUACUCAAGGGAUCAGUACUCAGUAUGCACCACAGCGCUCAGAGCCCAACCAGCAAAGGACUGUUCCCCAGCCACAGCCAAGCCCCGGCCACCAUCCUGCCCAUGGCCAAACAGCUGUUGUUCCCUCUGCUUCCGAGUACAAACACCCUGGUCCUGCUGUUGACUCUCAGCCCUACACUGCUGUCUCUGCACCGGUGGCCACUGCUAGAUUGUCAGGACCUCCAGAGGUACAACCACGAAGGAGAGUGAGUGCUGACCAAAUCUAUGCCGCCCACAAGGAGGCAAGAUUAGAGGCUAGGCAGGUCCUUAAAGAAGAGGCUCAUACAGAAGGUCUGCUCAAAAGCAGGAAAGCCGUGUUGCCUUCAGAGAUCCGCAAAAGGGAAAAGAGUGUGGAUGACCCCCAAAGGGGCCAUCAUGAUGACAUGGACUGGCAGAACUACAGCCCAGAAAGGAGAAGGGUGAGCCGAGGUGAGGAAGACUGGGAUCGGGAGAGGCCGAGGGAGAGAGGGAGGGAGAGAAAUGUGGAGAGGAUCAGAAGCAGGGGGCGAGAGCAUUUAGCUAGCCAUGAGAACCAAGAGGAGAGAGUAUUUAGAUCUUUGCAGCCUUCCCAAUCCUCCGUACAACAACAGCCAAGGCAGCACCAACCAUCAGAGCCUGUGUAUCAUCAUGAGCCCCAAAUUCAACAGCAAGAGCCCCCAAAACAACAACAGUAUGAACCCAGGAGGAGACAAACUGACGCCCAAAUACAACAGCAAGAUCCUCAGAGGCAGCAUCAGUACCAACAAACAAGACAGCCUCAAGAGGCUCAAAGACAACAGCAGUCACAAAGACAGCAACUAUAUGAUGUACAAAGACAGGAGCCCCAAAAUCAACAGCAGGACUCCCAGAGAAAACCACAUGAACCCCAGAUAAGUGACGAUUUUGUGCCUCAAAGGCAGCAGCAGCAGCAGGAUCCAGUAGUACAUCAUAGAGUUGACUCUGCUGUCUACCUCCAGAAGGGUCCUUCUUUGCCUCAGGCUAAACAAAGAGGCAUGGAGACGGCUGGAAGUCUCAAACCCAAGAUACGUACCCGCUCCAUGUCAGAUAUCGGUCUUAGCCAGCAUUCUACAAUGUACCGUAUGGAGAGGGCAGCGGCCAGCAGGGAAGCAGCGAGGGCAGCGCCUCCCUCAGGGGUGGCUAACGGGGAGAUGGGAACCCUGGACACCAGAGUUUCUGUAGCUCAGCUUCGACACUCUUAUCUGGAGAAUGCAAACCGGAAACCUGAGUUUGAGACUACAAAGGUAGAUCUUUCAGCCAUGGAGGUAGAUCCAGCCAGUGGCAGUGAUCGGGACAAGGGUGCUCGAAGGCCUCGACGCUACAUCACUCCAGGAGACAAUCGCAUGUCAGAGAGGUUUAGGACCCAGCCAAUCACCUCUGCAGAGCGGCUGGAGUCAGAUAGGUCUCGUUUAAGCCCAACACAGCUGCAGGAUCCUGAGGAUGAAGAAAAACUGGAUGAUAGAGCCAAGAUGAGUGUGGCUGCCAAGAGGUCUCUCUUCAGGGAGCUGGAAAGAACAUCAGAGGGAGGUGUUCCCAAACCUCGCUCUCGAAACGCUGCUGUAGAACGACGUCUGAGAAGAGUUCAGGACCGCUCACACACACAACCUGUUACCAACAAGGAGGUUGUCAAUGCUUCAAGUGACCCUGCUUCAUCUUCACAACCUUUGGCCUCCAACACUAAUGCAAACCGUGCCCCAAGCCCCACUGGUGUCAGCACCAGUAUAAGCCUUCAGGCGUCCUCCCAGCCAGGCUCAAUGGUCCAGGAUCAGGAGAAGGAGACUCAGGAGCAGCAGAAACCAGCUCAUGCUUCCAGUGCAGGGGUGGACGGAGAUGGACUGGAGCCUGUCUCAGAUGAGCCUGACCUCUCCUCCCUCAGCUUGACUGAGAAGAUGGCCCUCUUCAACCGGCUCUCUCAGACCACAGGCAAGCCCGCUGAGGGGGCUCGAGGAGAGACUCGGCAGCGCAGAGCUCAGAACCGGUUUCAGACUCAACCCAUUACCUUGGAGGAGGUAGAGCAGGAAUCUGAGCUGCCGGUUACCUCUGAGGUGUGUAACGGUGACUUAGUGGCCAACCAGGGAGGACAUCUGAAAAAUGGAGAUGAGAUCAAACUGGAGCCGCUGUCAGUCUCCCUGGUCAGAUCCGUUGCAGCCGUCACCUCCCAAGCCUCUGUCACUACGGUUACAACCACGCUAGGCAGCAGUGGCAUUGUGGAAGAUGACAGUCUCCAUCUGGGAAAGUCGACUGCUGCCUCCUACAUCCCUGCCCAACAACAGGCGUCAAACACCACAAGCCACCAGGAGAGGGCGUUAAGAUAUUUCUCUAUGAACCAGAGUGGGGACCCUGCCCACCCAGAGGCUGAGCUGAACUCCUCCUCCCUCCUCCCUGACAGCAGGGAGAGAGUGGGGGCUCCUCUCGCACCCACCUCCUCUCCUAGUCACAGGCAGCAGGGGGAGACAGCGGAGGAGGAGGCGCGGGGGAGACAGCAGGGAGGAGCCAGAGAAGAGAGCCAAGACGGUACUAUUAAGGAAAAGCUCCACUCCCCCAACAAGGACUGGGAAGGCAAGCAGCGGCAGCAGCAUCCCCAGCUUCAGCACUGGAGGGGAGAGUCAGAGCCUCUGCCCAGCUGGAGAGCCACAGACGGAGACUCCCAGGAGCAUAGAGACAGAACAGAGGGUGGAGGAAGAGGAAGAGGCUACCUGAGAGACACAGCUCACAUCGCCUCCACACAGGAGCCAGAGAGAAGCAGCGGCAGGAGCCAGGCUGACAUCUCAGACUUGCCAGAUCCUCCUGCUCCACUCAGACCCCUGGUAGCCAAAGUUUCAUCCAGAACAGUUUCUCACGUUUCCAGCAGCCAACAGCAAACACAUAUCCAGCCACCUCCAACUCUUCCUAAAACCUUCACACAGCAGCCUCCUCCAGCCCCACCAAAACCAUCACCAGACGUCCAACCUCAGCAGCUCUCCCAGCCUCCACCGACUUACCCUAAACCUUUCACCCAAUCCCUUCAAACACAGCCCAAACCUCAGGGAUUCAUCCAGACUCUGCCGAAGCCUUUCUCACACAUCCCCCCUCCUACACCACCCAAACCUCAGGUUCCUCCACAGACACCACCCAAACCUCAGUCCUUCCCUCAAUCACUGGUCAAGUCCCAGUCCAUGCCCCUGGACCACAUAGAGGACUACAGCAGACACAGCGUCCAUUCUGGAGAUCUACUGUCCCCCACAGAGUCUGGAGAGCAACUGUCUGACGGGAUGUCCACCAAACAGAUGUCCAUCAAGGAGAGGGUGGCACUGCUGAAGAAGAGCGGUGAGGAGGACUGGAAGAACAGGAUCAACAAGAAACAGGAGGUGGUAAAGGCAGUGUCCACAGAGCAGCCAGCAACACUGAAAGAGAAUGAGCAGACCGGCCAAAAGAAGGAGGAAGGGGUGGGCGUUCAAGACUACUCCGCUGUAUCUGUGUCUGAACAGCUGUGGGAGCCUGUCUUCUCUUCCACCUACUCUCCUCCUAUCCCCCUCGGCCAAAAGUGUCAGUAUAUUGAACAUCAGAGUCAGAAAAUGGGAGAGGAAAUCGAGGCUCAGAUGACCAUAGAGGAAAGAAAACAGAUGAUUUCCGUUCGUGAGGAUGCCUGGAAGACAAAGGGUCAGGGAGCAGCCAAUGACUCCACUCAGUACACCGUAGCUGGACGUAUGGUCAAGAAAGGCCUGGCAGCCCCUUCAGUUAUCAGUCCCAUCCUGUCACCGGUCUCCACCAAACUCAAGAGCAACACGCCGGCUGUCAACAAACCACAAGAGGAGAUUGAGGCCAAACCAAACAUGGAAUCGGAUAAGAAGUUAGACAAGUUGGAGAGCUUUUUGGGACGUAUAAAUAGCAAAGUUGCUGGUCUGCAGGAAACCACCUUAACAGUGACAGAGAAAGCUGUAAAAGAAGUGAUGAAGCUUGAUGAUGAAAUCUUCUCCAAGUUCUACCGACACGUUGCUGAAUUUCCUCGCAUGCCCACCAGAAUUGAGAUCAGCGAGGAUUUCGACUCCAUCUUUGGCUCUCAGGGUCCAAAGUUGACUUCGGCCAUGGUGCAGCAUAAGCGAAUGGUGCGUCCCUCCAGAAACGUCCAGGCCUCCAGAAACCCCCUGAAGAUGCUAGCAGCGAGAGAGGACAUCAGACACGAGUACACUGAGCAGAGACUGAAUGUGGCUCAGCUGGAGAGCAAGAGGAUGAAGGCUGAGAAGAUGAAUAAAACCUCAGAGUACUCUGAGGCUGCUCUGGCAGGUUUGGCCAGUAAAGAGAACUUCAGCAGCGUGAGUCUGCGCAGCGUCAACAUCUCUGAGCAGAUGUCCAACAACAGUGCUGUGCCAUACAAGAACCUCAUGCUGAUGCAAAUCAAAGGUCGUCGUCAUGUUCAGACCAGAUUGGUGGAGCCAAGAGCUUCCUCACUGAACAGUGGAGACUGUUUCCUGUUGGUUACGCCUGAGCACUGCAUCGUUUGGAUCGGAGAGUUUGCAAAUGUCAUCGAGAAGGCAAAGGCGAUAGAUUUGGCCACAUUCAUCCAGACGAAGAAGGACAUGGGCUGCAGGGCGACACAGCUGACUACUAUCGAGGAGGCGGUAAACCCACAGAGUCCAGAGGCUCAGCAGUUCUGGACAAUCCUGGGAGGACAGACACCUUAUCAACCGGCAGGCCCACCAGAAGAGGACGAACAGUUUGAGAAUGCAAUUGUGGAAACCAACUGUAUCUUCAGGCUGCUUGAUGACAAACUGGUCCCUGAUGAUGACGAGUGGGGAAAGGUUCCUCGCAGCUCCCUGCUGGAUUCUAAAGAGGUGUUGGUGUUUGACUUUGGCAGCGAGGUGUACGUGUGGCACGGUAAAGAGGUGACUCUGGCUCAGAGGAAAGUUGCCUUCCAGCUCGCCAAACACCUUUGGAACGGGAUGUUCGACUACACCUGCUGUGACGUCAACCCGCUGGACCCUGGAGGCUGCAACACACUCAUACCCAGGAAGGGCCAGGGUCGUCCUGAUUGGGCGAUUUUCGGCCGGCUGACAGAGCACAAUGAGACGAUUUUAUUUAAAGAGAAGUUCAUGGACUGGACUGAAGCAAAGCUGCCAUCACCAAAGGAAGUCUGCGAGACCAUACCUGAGCAGAAGGAGGCUCCUGGGAGAGAGUGCCAGCCUUACGACGCCACCCUGAUGCUCCCUGUCCUCGAGUCGUCCAUUGCCACCAUCUUGGACGGAGUAAAUGUCGGCCGGGGUUACGGCCCAGUGGAGACUGAAGACCACAUGAGGCUUCAGGAGAUCAGCACAGUAUCAGUGGAUGUCUGGCACAUCCUUGAGUUCGACUACAGCCGUCUGCCACGCCAGAGCAUCGGACAGUUCCACGAGGGCGAUGCCUACGUAGUGAAGUGGAAGUACAUGGUCAGCACCUCAGUUGGUCGUAGACUUAACCCUGAGGCGAGGAGCACGGGGCCAGGAAAGGAGAAAUGCUGCUACUUCUUCUGGCAGGGUCGACACUCCACCGUCAGCGAGAAAGGAACGUCAGCGCUCAUGACGGUGGAACUGGACGAGGAAAGAGGAGCACAGGUUCAGGUGCAGCAGGGAAAAGAGCCUCCAUGCUUCCUGCAGUGCUUCAACGGAGGGAUGAUCCUGCAUGCUGGCAAGAGAGAGGAGGAGGAAGAAAACACUCAGAGUGAGUGGCGACUGUACUGUGUGAGAGGUGAGGUGCCAGUAGAGGGCCAUCUGCUGGAGGUUGCGUGUCACUGCAGCAGCCUGCGCUCCAGAGCCUCCAUGAUCCUGCUCAACGUCAACAAAGCCAUGAUCUACCUGUGGCACGGCUGCAAGACACAGCUGCACACUCGCAGCGUGGGAAACACAGCAGCACAAAAGAUCAAAGAACAGUGUCCUCUGGAGGCAGGGCUACACAGCAGCAGUAAGGUCACCAUCAAUGAAUGUGAUGAAGGCAUGGAGCCUCCAGGCUUCUGGGAGGCUUUAGGGAGGAAAGACAGGAAGGCCUACGACUGUAUGCUGCAAGAUCCGGGGAAAUUUAACUUCACCCCACGGCUUUUCCAGCUGAGCAGCACAUCAGGAGAUUUUGUGGCGAAUGAGUUCUUCCACCCAUCCAGAGCCCCAGAUGUGGUCAGCUCAAUGCCUUUCCUGCAGGAAGACCUUUACAAUGCAGCACAGCCUGCAUUGUUCCUGGUGGAUAACUUCCACGAGGUGUACCUGUGGCAGGGCUGGUGGCCUCAGGACAGCGAAAGCACUGGCUCGGCUCGGAUACGCUGGGAUGCAGACAGGAAGUGUGCCAUGGAGACGGUGCUGCAAUACUGCAAAGAGAAGAAUGAGAAGAAACCUCUGAAAUCGUACCUUAUCCACGCCGGUCUGGAGCCACUCACUUUCACUAACAUGUUCCCAAGCUGGGAGCACAGAGAGGAUGUGGCAGAGAUCACAGAGAGGGAGGCUGAGGUGUGCAAUCAGAUUAUCCUAGUGGAGGAUGUGUUGGCUCGGCUUUGUCAGAACACCUUUCCUCUGGAACAGCUGCAGGCCCGGCCACUGCCUGAGGGAGUUGACCCGCUGCGGCUGGAGAUCUACCUGUCAGACCAGGACUUUGAGAAAGCUUUGGACAUGAAGAGAGAGGAAUACGAACGUUUGCCAGGUUGGAAGCAAGUGAACUUAAAGAAGGCCAAAGGACUGUUUUAAGCAAGUUUUCUAACAAAGAUGGUUUGUGAAGUGAAUAAAACAUGGACUGUUAGGAUGGAGAUGCAGAAAGAGUCACUUUAACCUGUUUUAAUGGAUAUUUUGGAUAUAAAUUAAAGAGAAGAAACACAGAGGAUGAGACCGGAGAUGCCCUCGCCUUGCUUAUAGUCAUGUUUCACCUUUCAUCUUUAUCAUUACAAAGUUAAAUCCAAACAUCAUAAAAGAAGGUAAAAAUGCCUCGCUUUGGUAUUUAAGAGGUGUUUUUGUGUAUUUGGAGUCUCCUCCAGUCACUGAAAUCAUGGACUUGCUAACAAAAAUGUGCACACUAGGACGCUUUGUGUCGGAGUGCCAUGCUAUGGGUGUGUAUGUAUGCGUGUGCGGUUGUAUAUAAUGUUUGUGUGUGUGAUGUUUAUUUGUGUAAAUGUGUGUAGGUGCGUUUGUGACUUUGUAUUUAUGUAAAAACAAACCCUGUCCCGUCAGAUGUUGUGAGAAAAAUUGUGUCUCGAUGCCGUCACAGGGUCGUGUUGCUCGACUUUGUUCAUCUGCUGAAGCGACUCUGACUCACUGAGAUAUAAGAGUUGUAAUUUUAAACCUUUGACUUUUACGAGACAAAAUCAGCAGCUUUGAUGAAUCUGAAUGUAUAGUGCCUUGCUUUUUGUGUACAGUUUAUAUACAGAAAUUCUAGUCUGCAUUUUUAAAGACUUUCUUUGUGAUAUAAGACAUAGUGAAUUAAAUCACAAUAAUGCUCAACUUCAA